UUACGGUAUCUAGAGCAGUCAAUCCAAACCCAAACACCCCAACAAUGGCAUUCAAAUUCACCAUCCUUUUCGCCGCCUGCAUUGCUGUGGCCAGCGCUGGCAUCAUUCCCGCCGCCGCUCCCUUGGCCGCCGUUGCCCAGGUGGAGGAGUACGACCCCCAUCCUCAGUACACCUACGGCUAUGAUGUAAAGGAUGCCAUCUCUGGCGAUUCGAAGACCCAGGUGGAGAGCCGCGACGGUGACAUUGUCCAGGGCCAGUACUCGCUGAACGACGCUGAUGGUUAUCGCCGCAUCGUGGACUACACCGCCGAUCCCAUCAAUGGAUUCAACGCUGUCGUCCGCCGUGAACCUCUGGUGGCUGCCGUUGCUGCUGCCCCCGCUGCCGUGGUUGCCGCCCCCGCUCCAGUUGUCCGUGCCGCUGUCGCCGCUCCCGUUGCCGCCCCAGUUGUCCGUGCUGCCCCUCUGACCGCCGCCUACGCCGCUGCUCCCGCUCCUCUGGCCUACGCCGCUGCCCCAGCUCCUCUGGCCUACGCUGCUGCCCCGGCGCCAAUUGUCAAGGCCGCUGCCCCUCUGGUCGCUGCUGGACCUGCCAUCGUCAAGACCCAGUUCGCCUCGCCCCUUAUCUCGUACGCCUAUUAA